AUGUCAAAUAGAAUUAUUGAUCCAGGUGUAUCAAUUAAAACUUAUGAUAUUCUUAAUUUUGAUGUCCGAAAAGUAAAAUCUCGAUCGUCAAAUAUUGUUAGUGCAUUAACUACCAGUCAGGCUAUUCCUCAAACAGUCAUAACUGAUGAUUUUGUUAAAAAAAGUGAAGUACCACCCUAUGAUAUUCAUCAACGUGAAGCUAAACGACAACGACAAAUCGAACGAAGUAAAACCAAAGGUAAAAAUUGGUAUCAUAUGCCUGCACCAGAAAUGACUGAAGAAAAGAAAAAUGAUCUAAUUGCUAUUCAAAUGCGUGGUGGUUUAUAUGCUGAUAAAUUUUUUAAAAAAGGAAGUGAUGUAAAAGGUCUUCCGAAAUAUUUUCAAACUGGUACUGUUGUUGAUAGUGCAGCUGAUUUCUAUCGACGUAUUCCGAAGAAAGAUCGAAAGAAAACAAUUCUUGAAGAACUUUAUAAUGAUAGUAAAGUUAAAAAAUUUAGCAAAAAACGUUACGUUGAAAUUAAAGAAACGAAUCGUCGACGUAUUGCUGCUAUGAAACAUAUGAAACGUUUAAAAAAUAAAAAAAAAUGA